AUGCCCGCUUAUUUCUACCAUCUUAGCUUCCAACUUCUUUCCCACAGCCCAACUAACUCACCUACCUCAAGUUCUUCGUCCCUCGCAAUACAAUCCGCAUGGGAAGCUUUACAACCAUUCCAGCAACGAAGCCGGUCUUCAAGCUCAGGCCGUCUAUCACCCACAAGAGAUAACCACGCAUCAACGAACCCCGAAAGCUCCCUGGCGCAUCGGCAACGUCUCUCCUCUACAUUCACCACCCAUAUCCCCACCACGCCAGCUCGAAACACUCCCUCCGAUAGCUCUUCUCCCUACGAAACCUACACCAGCCCCGCCUCCCUCGAAGACGACAAGCGCUUCAGCGCCAUCUCAAUCGAUUGCAUUGAUAUGGUCACCCCAAAAGAUCAGUCAAAACGCACCAAGAGGGCCUCCGUGGCCGCCACGGAGCCGGAGAACCUCGUCGCCGCGGGCAUCGGCACCGACAUCUUAGGCGGCGCCCGCACAAAAGGUCGCUACAUCCCACUCGAUCACCAGCUUUCUGAUAGUGUUUGGGGAAUUGUGCAUCUGUACCGGGACACGCAGGAGACGCCAUAUCUUGGGAACGAAGAUGAUUACCCCACCGAUCUCAAAGGCUCCGCGGCUGCGGCCCGCCAGCCUGGUGAGCAGCAGGCUACGGUGAGAACUGCGACGGCGGCCACCAAACAGACUUCUGGGAAGGGGCUUUCUGCGUAUCCAUUUCCUGAGACUGUCUCUUCCUUUGCGCAGAACCCUGAUGAGGACUGUACGACGCUGUGCAUCCUUGCUGUGCCCUCUUAUCUGUCGCCGUCGGAUUUCCUCGGAUUUAUGGGUGAGAAGACUAUGGAUGAUGUUAGUCAUUUCCGUAUGAUUAGGACGGCGCGUGCGAAUCGGUAUAUGGUUUUGAUGAAGUUCCGCAGCGGGCGGAAGGCGAAGGAUUGGCAGAAGGAAUGGAAUGGGAAAGUGUUUAACAGCAUCGAGCCCGAGACUUGUCAUGUGGUGUUUGUGAAGACGGUCGGAAUCGAAGUCGUGGAUGCUGCAACACCGUCCGAGCAUGGGGCGUUCUCCGAUCUUCCCUCUCCCUCUCGGCCUCCCAUGCCUUCCGCCGGACAGGUAACUCUCACCGGCAAACCUCUUGCACCGCCAACCCCAGCCCUAAUCGAAUUACCGACUUGUCCCGUCUGCCUAGAGCGAAUGGACGAAACCACCGGCCUACUAACCAUCAUCUGCCAACACGUCUUCCACUGCACCUGUCUCGAAAAAUGGAAAGGCAGCGGCUGUCCCGUAUGCCGCUACACCCAAGAUGACUGCCGCAAGUCCAACGCAGGUUUAAAACCAGACCAAGAACCACAAGAAUGCAGCGUCUGCCACUCAGAUCAAAACCUCUGGGCCUGUUUAAUCUGCGGCACAAUCGGCUGCGGCCGCUACGACGGCGCCCACGCCUUCGCCCACUGGAAAGAAACCAACCACGCCUUCGCAAUGGACCUCUCCACCGAGCGCGUCUGGGACUACGUGGGCGACGCCUACGUCCACCGCAUCAUCCAGAGCAAAACAGACGGCAAACUCCUCGAACUUCCAGCAGCAGACCACAGCGCCCUCGAUCCACCCGACUGGGGCGACGCGGUGCCCCGCGAAAAACUAGAAAACAUGAGCAUAGAAUACACACACCUCCUUACCAGCCAGCUGGAAAGCCAGCGUGCAUACUUCGAAGAAGUCGUCGAGCGCGCCGUCGAUAAAGCCUCGCAGGCUAGUGCUGCGGCCGCUCUGGCGGAAGUUAGUUCGUCGACUGUGGCUUCGCGUCUGGAAGAACUGCAGGCUAAGUACGAUGUAUUGACUAUGGAGACAUUGCCGGGUCUUGAGCAUGAUUGCGCCAGAGCGGAGAAGAGGGCGGAGAAGUUCGAGGCCUUGGCCAGGUCUUUUGAGAAGAAGUAUCAGGAGGAGAAGGCUAUGAAUGGGAAUAUGUUGCAGAGGAUUGAGGGGCUUACCAAGGAGGUUGAGUCGUUGAGGGUUGAGAAGGCGGAUCUUGCUGAGCAGAAUCGGGAUUUGACCUUUUUUAUUAGUGGGUCGCAGAGGUUGCAGGGUCAGGGCGAGGAGGUUGAACAGGGGACUGUUUCUGUGCCGGAGGUUGAGAAGAAGAAGAGGAGGGGGAGGGGGAAGAAGUAG